AGCAGGCAGCCGCACACUUUCCGCUGCCAGCAAACAGUGUCUGACCGGCGUGGUCAAGCCCCAGCCUGUCUACAGUGAGUGUGUGCUAGUGUCCCAGACGCACCGCCAACAUGCCUAAGGUUGCGGUACCAGAGGAGGGAAAGCCUGCCAAAACAGACGAUCGUACGCGUGCCUUUGCUGAGAAGGUGUUCAGCUCUGAUACCAAAGAUGAAGACAUCCGAGAGGAGAUCUCCCUGUUCGGCGUGGCUGAAGACUGCCCCAUUCUCAACCAGGAGCUGGCACACCACGUAGCCACUGAUGAUGAUAUUGAGAGACGUAAGAAGCACAUCAUCCGGACUCAAGAUGGUUUUGCUUCUCUGAUGGAGGACAAACCAACCUACCUGGAGGUUCCUCACUUCCAGAGGGUGUCCAUCACUGGAGACUAUGCUGCUGGGGUGACCAUGGAUGACUUUGAGCUGGCCUGCAAGGGUCUGUACCGUGCUUUGACCAUAAGGGAAAAGUACAUGAGACUAGCCUUCCAGAGAUACCCCAGCACCACAUCCCAUUUCCUGCGCAAGAUUGAGGGAGAGGUGUGGAAGCCGGAGCACCAGGUGCAGCCAGUCUUCACUCCCCCUCCUGCAGCAGGAGAGGAUCCUCUCGACGCAAAGUCUCUGCCUCCCAACCUUGGCUACGUGGCCCGCAUGCGGGAUGGUGUCAUCUAUGUCUAUAAAGAUUCAGCAGCUGCAGAUAAACAUGAGCCUCUGCCCCUGCCUACUCCUGACCUCACCACUUUUAUUGAUGACAUGAACUUCCUCAUUGCCCUUAUAGCCCAGGGCCCAACAAAGACGUACACUCACCGUCGCCUGAAGUUCCUCAGGUCCAAGUUCAACGUCCAUGAGAUGUUGAAUGAGAUGGAAGAGCUGAAAGAACUGAAAAACAACCCUCACAGGGACUUCUACAACUGCAGGAAGGUUGACACUCACAUUCAUGCUGCUGCCUGCAUGAAUCAGAAGCACCUCCUGCGCUUCAUCAAGAAGUCAUACCGCGUGGAUGCAGACAGAGUGGUGUACAGCGCGAAGGGUAAAGAGAUGACCCUGAAGGAGGUCUUCGCCUCCCUCAAGAUGCACCCCUAUGACCUGACCGUGGACUCACUGGACGUGCACGCUGGCAGACAAACCUUCCAGCGCUUUGAUAAGUUCAACGCCAAGUACAACCCUGUGGGUGCCAGUGAGCUGCGUGACCUUUAUCUGAAGACGGAGAACCACAUUUCAGGAGAAUACUUUGCUACCAUCAUCAAGGAAGUGGCUAGUGACCUUGAGGAUGCCAGGUACCAGUAUGCUGAGCCUCGUCUUUCCAUCUAUGGCUGCAAUCCAAAUGAGUGGACAAAGCUCUCCGGCUGGUUCAUCAAGCACAGGGUGUACUCCCCCAACCUCAUGUGGAUGAUCCAAGUACCCAGAAUCUAUGACAUUUUCAGAGGCAGGAACUUUGUGCCACACUUUGGGAAAAUGCUGGAGAACAUCUUCCUGCCUGUUUUCCAGGCCACCAUCGAUCCUCAUUCCAACCCUGAGCUCAGCCUCUUCCUGAAGCAUGUCACAGGCUUCGACAGCGUGGAUGAUGAAUCUAAACACAGUGGUCACAUGUUCUCCACCAAGAGCCCCAAACCUGAAAAGUGGGACAUUGUGAAGAACCCGUCUUACACUUACUACAUCUACUACAUGUAUGCCAACAUCGCUAUACUCAAUCAACUGCGCAAGGAGAGAGGAAUGAACACGUUCCAGUUCAGGCCUCACUGUGGAGAGGCUGGAGCGGUCACUCACCUGCUGGCCUGCUUCAUGACCGCUGAUAACAUCUCUCAUGGCCUGAACCUCAAGAAGAGUCCAGUCCUGCAGUAUCUGUACUUCCUGACCCAGAUCCCAAUUGCCAUGUCUCCUCUCAGCAACAACAGCCUCUUCUUGGAAUACAACAAGAACCCACUGCUGGAGUUCCACCAGAAGGGCCUGAUGGUGUCCCUGUCCACCGAUGACCCCAUGCAGUUCCACUACACCAAGGAGCCCCUGAUGGAGGAAUACGCCAUCGCAGCCCAGGUGUUCAAGCUCAGCACCUGCGACAUGUGUGAAAUCGCAAGAAACAGCGUUCUGCAGAGCGGCCUGUCUCACGAGAACAAGGUUCACUUCCUGGGGCAACAUUAUCUGAAGGAGGGCCCGGAAGGCAACGACAUCCGUAAGACAAAUGUGGCUCAGAUCCGUAUGGCCUAUCGCUACGAGACUCUUUGCUAUGAGCUCAACCUCAUCCAGGACGGUGUGAAGGGUGACUAGGCAGAGAGUUCACUCACAAACCCAACAGAUCGAACCUCAGACAUCAGAUCCACUGAUAGCUGAUAAAUCUGCCCAUGUCUUCGAAUGAUAUGAAUCCCUUUUCUGAGCAUUUUAUUUGUCAAAUGAGGAUGAAAUGUGAGUUUUCUAAGACUAAACUUAAGUUUUUGACUAAAUUAUUAAAUUUCUACUCUUGUUAUUCAAGGACUUUAUAAGAUGUGCAGGAGCUGCCUUUCCUUGGUGUCCAUGUAAAUCAACAAUACAGAGCCGUCUGAUUGUUUUGGUUGAAUUUACUACUAAUAUUAUUAUCACUGUUAAUGGAUUCGACCUCAUUUGAGAGAUUUCUGUAAAUGACAUCCUUUCUGAGGAUACAUGUGGAGUGAUGUGGUGAAGCAAGCCUUGUGCUUCCUGCCGUUCUGGGGGAAAAACACUGAUUCCCCUCAAUAAAUCACAGCUUGUUAAUGACA